AUGGAGGAGAAAAAUAAGACCACGAUUGAUGUGAUCUACCUCUUAGGGUUUCAGACUCCAAAUGCUGUAACAUUUUUUUUAUUCUUUGUAUUUCUUCAGUUUUAUUGUGUGACAAUAUGUGGAAACCUCCUGAUAAUCACAUUGGUGUCCUACAGCAAAUCCCUCCAUUCUCCUAUGUACUUCUUCCUCUCCCAGCUCUCUGUAACAGAUAUUUUAUUAGCAACUAAUGUUCUUCCUACCAUGCUUUAUUCUAUAUUGAAGAAAACUAAUGCCAUCAUUUCAAUUUCUUAUUGUUUCACCCAGUUUUUUUUCCUUGCUGUCUCAGAAACCUCAGAGUGUCUUCUGCUAACAGUGAUGUCUUAUGACAGAUAUGUGGCCAUCUGUAAACCAUUGCAUUAUCCUUUGUUAAUCAGUCAUCGGUUUUGCUGGAUAACAGUUAUAAUAAGUUGGAGUUUAAGUUUUCUUUCUGGAUUGAUUUAUACGUUAGAGAUAUCAACAUUACAGUUUUGUGGCCCCAAUAUUAUCGAUCAUUUUUUCUGUGAUCUUGACCCCCUUUUAAAACUUUCCUGCUCCGAUACAACCAUUGUUCAGCUAGAAGCUAUAUCAACAAGUGUGGUUUUUGGUUUAAUCCCAGUUAUUAUCAUCAUUGUAUCAUAUGUUUAUAUUAUAGUCACCAUUUUUAAAAUCCCCUCUAUUAAAGGUAGGCAGAAAGUUUUCUCAACAUGCAGCUCCCAUCUGAUUGUCGUUUCCAUGUUUUAUGGUACCUUACUUUUUGUGUAUUUGGUACCUAGGAGAGGACAGUUGUUAAAUUUUACUAAAUUCUUAUCAUUACUUUACACUGCAGUAACCCCAUUGAUGAAUCCAAUUAUAUACAGCCUGAGAAAUAAGGAUUUGAAACAAGUUGUAGAUAGAAUUGUCAACAACUUUUUGCAUUUACAUCUAUAAUAAUUUUUACAGGUGUGAAAGCUGUAAUCUAAUAAUAUUACUGCCCUCACCCUGGUUCUCCUAACAUCUGGAGAUACAGUAUAUCCCCCAAAUCCUGGGCCACCAUCGUUUAACUUUGACCACCACACCCGGAGCUCCCCAUCCUCUGGCAGCAAUCCACACAAUCAAGUUUAUUUUUCUCCUCUUCCUAACACCAGCCUCCCCUUCAAAUGUUUCCUUUGGAAUGCUUGUUCUGUUUGUAACAAACUCACCUCUGUUUUUGACCCUUUUAUAACUAACUCAAUAACUUACCUGAUGUUGCUGAAACCUGGCUUCAAGAAUUUGACUCUGCCUCUCCCAGACCUGGUGAAUGGAAGGGAGGUGGACUUGGAAUCCUUCUACUGUAUCCUCACA